AAUAAUCGCCAUUGAAAUCGUAAUGGAGCUUAAUCGAAAGAAGAUAUUGAUGGGUAUGGAUAGAAAUUAAGUGGGAACGUUCCAGUUCUGCGAAAGACCGGCAAAUCAAGUUCAUUAAUGGAAGCUCGUGGACUUCCAUUUGGGUUCGGCCAAAAUUUAAUGCAAAAGUUAGACUUUAGUCUCUUAAACUCCAUAGGAUUUGGAUUAGAGAGAAACCUCAACGUUUAAAUCUGAAGAAAAAAGAGCAAAAAACCCCCAACUUCCAACUUCCAACUACCCACGCCGUCCCCUAUUAAAACCCCCAACCGCGCAGGGCUUAGGAUUUUUCAAGAGAAAGCGUCGAAACUUUUUCAAUCUCUCUGAUUUCUGUUCAUUGGUGGGCUCUAUGGCUUCCAUUUCUGCUCUGGCUCUGCUGCUUAUCUUUCAAUCUGCGAUUGCAAACGCUGAUGAUUUGAGAGACCUGCUGUCUCCUCUUCUCUCUCCCAUUUUCGAAAAUGUCUGUAAAGAAGUAGAAUGUGGAAAAGGAACUUGUAAAGCUUCUGGUAAUGGGACUUUCUCGUUUGAAUGUGAUUGUGAUCCUGGGUGGAAGAAGACUCUUUUGGACGAUGAUGAUGAUGAUCACGCCAAGUUUCUCCCCUGCAUUAUACCCAAAUGUAAUCUAACUCACUCGUGCUCGUCAGCCCCUCCUCCGGGUGUACAGAAGAAACCAAGAACUAAAGACUCGAUAUUCGAUCCUUGCAGUUGGGUGGACUGUGGAGGCGGUUCGUGCAACAAAACAUCGCCGUUGAUAUACAAAUGCACUUGUCUCGAGGGGUACUAUAAUCUUCUCAAUAUCACUGCCUUCCCAUGCUACAAGGAUUGUUCAAUAGGAAUGGAUUGCAAGGAACUGGGAAUUCCUGUGACAAACGGACCGGAUUCUACAACUCCCAGUUCAGCUACAAUUGACAACAACAAUGCUGCUGGCGGAUUAGUUAUCAAGCGAGGCUCCCUCUCGAUGAUCGGUUCGGUGGUAACGUAUGUCGCUAUGCUGCUGCUGAUCAAAUAGGCCGAUGAGCGUCGUGCUGGUUGAUUAUAGUUUUGAUUCUGUGGAUGGUAUUUGUUGUGUAUGGCCUCUAUUUUAUGGCAUUGGCUAUAGAAUAAAUUUCCCAUUUGAGUUCUGAGAUGGGCACUGUAUAUAUGUUAACAGACAGUUGUAGGCUUACAGCAUAUAUUAACAAUUUAUUAUUAUUAUUAUUA